CAGCUCUUAGGCGCAUGCGCACACUGGUCUCCCACGCUUUUCUCCUCGUGGCGGGGUUUCUGUGCAAAUAGGCGCCGGGAAGUCUGUGAGGAUGCUGCGGUCCGGCCUCUCAUCGACUUCACCUUCGGGCCCCUUGGCUUCGGCUUCCCUCACAUCUCUCGAGAGACAGUCUUCAGGUCCCCGCUACAAUUUCCAGCUUCUGGAAACACUUCAGAAUGUUCCUGCGGCCCAGGCCUCCACCUCCACCGCGCCUGACGAGUCUGGAGCGGCCGGUGACCGGAGCAGCAGCAGCAGCCAGGCCGCCCGCCCGCCGCCCGCCGGGGCCGCCCAGGAUUCAUCCUUUAGAUGCAAAACAUCUUGUGCAGAAAACACAUUUGCAUCAAACUUUGUACUUGGUACAAGCUCAUCUUCUACACAAGAAAAUUAUCCCCGAACCCUGAAAACACCUUUGUCUGCUGGAAACCCACAGAGAUCAGGAUAUAAAACUUGGACACCACAAAUAGGAUAUUCAGCUACAUCCUCUUCUGCAAUUUCUGCACACUCUCCUUCAGUCAUUGUAGCUGUUGUAGAGGGGAGAGGACUUGCCAGGGGUGAAAUCGGCAUGGCAAGUAUUGAUUUAAGAAGCCCACAAAUUAUAUUAUCUCAGUUUGCAGACAACACAACAUAUGCGAAGGUGAUUACUAAACUGAAAAUUUUAUCACCUUUGGAAAUAAUAAUGUCAAAUACUGCUUGUGUCGUGGGAAAUUCAACCAAAUUGUUCAAUUUAAUAACAGAAAAUUUCAAGAAUGUUAACUUUACUACUAUCCAAAGGAAAUACUUCAAUGAAACAAAAGGACUAGAGUAUAUUGAACAGUUAUGCAUAGUAGAAUUCAACACUGUUCUCAUGGAGGUUCAGACCAAGUAUUACUGUCUUGCAGCAGUUGCAGCCUUGUUAAAAUAUGUUGAAUUUAUUCAAAAUUCAUUUUAUGCACCAAAGUCGCUAAAGAUUUGUUUCCAGGGUAGUGAACAGACAGCCAUGAUCGAUUCAUCAUCAGCCCAGAACCUUGAAUUACUAAUUAAUAAUCAAGACUGUAGGAAUAGUCACACUCUCUUUGGUGUUCUAAAUUAUACAAAGACUCCUGGAGGGAGUAGAAGACUUCGUUCCAACAUAUUAGAACCUCUAGUUGAUAUUGAAACCAUUAACAUGAGAUUAGAUUGUGUUCAAGAACUACUUCAAGAUGAGGAACUCUUUUUUGGACUUCAGUCAGUUAUAUCACGAUUUCUUGAUACAGAGCAACUUCUUUCUGUUCUAGUCCAAAUUCCAAAGCAAGACACGGUUAAUGCAGCUGAAUCAAAGAUUACAAAUUUAAUAUACUUAAAACAUACUUUGGAACUUGUGGAUCCUCUAAAGAUUGCUCUGAAGAACUGUGGCACACCUUUAUUAAGAGCUUACUGUUGUUCCUUGGAAGACAAAAGGUUUGGAAUCAUACUUGAAAAGAUUAAAACAGUAAUCAAUGAUGAUGUGAGAUACAUGAAAGGAUGCCUGAACAUGAGGACUCAGAAGUGUUAUGCAGUGAAGUCCAACAUAAAUGAAUUUCUUGACAUAGCUAGAAAGACAUAUACAGAGAUUGUAGAUGACAUAGCAGGAAUGAUCUCACAGCUUGGAGAAAAAUAUAAUCUUCCUUUAAGGACAAGUUUUAGUUCUUCCCGGGGAUUUUUCAUCCAGAUGUCUGUAGACUGUGUGGCUCUAUCAAGUGAUCAACUUCCGUCAGAGUUUAUUAAGAUUUCUAAAAUGAAAAAUUCCUAUAGCUUCACUUCAUCAGAUUUAAUUAAAAUGAAUGAAAGGUGCCAAGAGUCUUUGAGAGAAAUCUAUCACAUGACUUAUAUCAUAGUGUGCAAGCUGCUUAGUGAGAUUUAUGAACAUAUCCACUGCUUAUACAAACUAUCUGACACUGUGUCAAUGCUGGAUAUGCUUCUGUCAUUUGCUCACGCCUGCACUCUUUCUGACUAUGUUCGACCAGAGUUUACUGAUACUUUAGCAAUCAAGCAGGGAUGGCAUCCCAUUCUUGAAAAAAUAUCUGUUGAAAGACCUGUUGCCAAUAAUACCUAUAUUACAGAAGGGAGUAAUUUUUUGAUCAUAACUGGACCAAAUAUGAGUGGGAAAUCCACAUACUUAAAACAAAUUGCUCUUUGUCAGAUUAUGGCCCAAAUUGGAUCCUAUGUCCCAGCAGAGUAUUCUUCUUUUAGAAUUGCUGAACAGAUUUUCACAAGAAUCAGUACUGAUGAUGAUAUUGAAACAAAUUCAUCAACAUUUAUGAAGGAAAUGAAAGAGAUAGCAUAUAUCCUACAUAAUGCUAAUGACAAAUCACUCAUAUUAAUUGAUGAACUUGGCAGAGGUACUAAUACAGAAGAAGGCAUUGGCAUUUGUUAUGCUGUUUGUGAAUAUCUACUGAGCUUAAAGGCAUUUACAUUGUUUGCUACCCAUUACCUGGAACUAUGCCAGAUAGAUAUCUUGUAUCCUAAUGCAGAAAACAUGUAUUUUGAAGUUAAACAUGUAAAGAACACCUCGAGAAGUAAAGAAGCAAUCUUGUAUACCUACAAACUUUCCAAAGGACUCACAGAAGAAAAAAAUUAUGGAUUAAAAGCUGCAGAAGUGUCAUCGCUCCCAUCAUCAAUUAUUUUGGAUGCCAAAGGAAUUACAACUCAAAUUACUGGACACAUUUUGCAAAACCAAAAGAGUACCCCUGAGAUGGAAAGACAGAGAGCUGUGUACCUUCUAGCUACAAGACUUGUCCAAAUUGCUCGAAACUCUCAAUUGGAUCCAGACAGUUUGCGAACAUACUUAACUAAUCUCAAGAAGAAGUAUGAAGCAGAUUUUGCCAAGACUGCACAAGUUUCAGGAAACAGUGAAGAAUAAUAACAAUUCCCAUUUUGUAUUAGUAAUUUAAUUCAGUAUGAAGAACCUAGAAUU